AGAGGAUGGAUCUGCACUGCUAGCUGCAGAGGAAGGCUGUGCACUCUGUGAAACGAGAAGGGAGCUACAAUGGCUAGAGCUGCAGGCCGGACCCUGGGAGCCCCAAAGCCGCGAAUCUUGCCCUGGCUGGUGUCAAAGCUGGACCAGGGGGAGCUGGAGGGCGUGGCCUGGCUGGACCGUAGGCGCAAGCGCUUCCGCAUUCCUUGGAAGCAUGGCCUGAGGCAGGAUGCGCAGCUGGAAGACUUCGGCAUCUUCCAGGCCUGGGCUGAGGCCAGUGGUGCCUACAUUCCCGGGAGGGAUGAGCCCGACUUGCCAACUUGGAAGAGGAAUUUCCGAUCGGCCCUGAACCGGAAGGAAGUGUUGCGUUUAGUUGAGGACCGAAGCAAGGACCCUCACGACCCUCAUAAGGUUUACGAGUUUGUGCACUCAGGAGCAAGGGACUCUUCCCAGCUGGACACCUCUCCGGAAACCAAUGAGGGAGGCAGUACCUGUGACACCCAGGAAGACAUCUUGGAGCUGCUGAGUGACAUGGUCUUGGUCCCACCCCCAGAUGACAGGGCCCCUGAGCAGUGCGCAAAGCACGUGUUGAGCCCCAACUUGGACAACCCCGUACCUUGUCCAAACCCAGCACCCUCUGACAACCCACUGAAGCAGCUGCUGGUGUCCGAGGAACGUGAGUGCCAGCUGUGGGGUGGUGGGGCCCAAGGUGCGCGGUGGGCCCUUACCUGGUCUCUCUUGAUCUCUUCCCUGUCCCCGUCCCUCCGCCACUGCUGUUGCCGCUGUUACCGCCACUCAGAGUGGGAGUUUGAAGUCACUGCUUUCUACCGGGGCCACCAGGUCUUCCAGCAGACCAUCUUCCCCCAAGGGGGCCUGCGGCUAGUGGGCUCGGAAUCUGGGAACUGGACACUGCCUGGGCAUCCGAUAACACUGCCAGACCCUGAGGUGUCCCUGUCAGACCAGGGGGUGAAAGGCUAUGUGAGGCGUGUGCUGAGCAGCCUGGGCGGGGGCCUGGCUCUGUGGCGAGCAGGGCAGCGGCUCUAUGCCCGGCGGCUGGGGCACUGCCAUGCGUACUGGGCCAUGGGUGAGGAGCUGCUCCCUGACUGUGAGCACGGACAUAAAGGCGAGGUCACCAAGGACAUGGACAGCAAUGUGUUCGACUUGGGGCCCUUCGUGGCAGACUCCCGGGCCCCCAGAUCUGAUUGCCUUCAUGGAAGGAAGUGGACACUCGCCACGCUACACUCUCUGGUUCUGCCUGGGAGAGUCAUGGCCCCAGAACCAGCCGUGGGUCAGGAGGCUUGUGAUGGUCAAGGUUGUUCCCACCUGCCUCAAGGGCCUGUUAAACUUGGCCCGGGCAGAGGGGGCCUCCUCACUAGAGAACACCGUGGACUUGCACAUUUCCAACAGCCAACCCCUGUCCCUCACCUCCGACCAGUACAAGGCCUACCUGCAGGACCUGGUUGAGGACAUGGAUUUCCAGGCCGCCGGGGAGGCCUGAGCCCUGGCCCCUCAUUUCCAUCAGUAAAGCGGUCCCUGCUACACUCAC